AUGCCUGGGAAGCUGAAGACUCAUACAAGAUCAACAACAAAGAGGAAGAUAAAAAGAUCACUUGUCAUUGCUGAUAUGCAUGAACUACGACGGGAGACAUAUGAUUCAGCUGGGGCGAAACAUUCCUACAAUCAGCAAUGCAAAUCUUAUCUGGAACGUUGGCGACUUAAUCACCCAGAGAAGAUUUUCCUACUUAUUGAGAAGGCCAGAAGCUUCACAGUUUUAGACAAGAUCCAAUUCCAAGAGCUGGCGCUGGGACUUGAACUACCAACAGACCAUUCUUAUGGUUGUGAGGCAGAUAUUACUGAUGAUGCAAAUGAAGCCUACCCAAGGCUUUACGAAAGGGUAGCCAAUCGUGGGAAAAUGGUGGGUUGGGCACCUCAGCAGAAGGUUCUGAGUCACCCUUCCAUUGCCUGUUUCAUAAGCCAUUGUGGUUGGAAUUCCACCAUGGAAGGAUUUAACAAUGACGAAAGUGGGAUCAUCACCGAGAAGAAAUUAAGACAAGGUGGAUCAAGUGCUGGUGAUGAAAAUUUCAAAGCAAAAGCUUUGGAACUCCAGGAAUCUGCAUUGAAAAGUGUCAAAGAAGGUGGUCUGUCUAACCAGACUUUCAAGAAGUUCAUUGAAUGGAUAGAGCAUAGGAACUGGAAUAAGAUAACUAGUAUUAAUGGAUCAUUUCUCCUCGAACAAAUAAACUUGUCAUUGUUGUGUUGCAUGAACUGA